UGAAAUGUUCCAUCUCCAAAUUACUAAUAAGAAAAUCAAAACAAUAACAUAAUUAAAAUUGGUAAACAUGAAGGAAGAGCAAAGCUCUAUGUCUAUGUUUGCUGAGGAUAUUUUAAGGGAUUUCGGCUCAUUUAUAUCCGAACAUGAUGAAAAAUUGAAGUUGUUAAGGGAUAAAGUGCCUAAUUCGGACGUUUUGGAGCCUGUAUCUUGUAUAUAUAUGUCGCCCGUCAUCGAGGUCAACUUUGUUAACAACUACUCAAUUGUUCCCGAUAAGAACUUUGAGGAAUCGGAGCUUGUGGCGAAUAAACCUCUGACGACAUUGGCAAAUCUCUGCAAUCAGAGCAGAAAUUUGUCCAUGAAGGCAAAACGGUUUCAGCUAGCAUUUCUAUUCAGUGAUUUUCGGUUGGAUGAUUCGCUUUCUUCACAUUCAGAUGGUUUCGGCUUCGAAGGAUCUUUGGUCCGAAUGAGCAGCUCAAUGGAAUUCUUUUGCCAGAUUUACUUUUUGCUCAAACGCAUGAUUGUGAUACUCCAAAAUCUAUUGAGGCAAAUAGCCGCAUCCGUUUGCGUGCCUGAGGAUGUCAAUGAAGUCCAUAUAUUCGCUGUCUUUGAUGUUAUGACUGAAUUGCUGGAGCACAUAGUCGUUUUUAAUGAACUGGCAAGACAAUCGAAGAUUUCUGUUAUGUGGGCGCUCUACAAAAAGUGGCUUAUAAACCUGUCCAAUAAUAAUAGUAUAUCCUCUAACCGAUCCACUCUCUCGGAGCUCCAUGGACUCAGUUCAUCGCUAGUUGACAUGGAAAAUCUAAUUACAAAGGAUUUCUUUCGGAUUCUUCUAGAUAACCUAAUGGAAUUGAAAAAGCAAUUUAGCCUGAACGUUAUUAACCACAUCACUCAGCAUUCCAAUGCCUAUAUUCGCAAGCUGCUUGUUGACAUGGAUGCGAAUCAAAGCCACGAGUACAAAAACUAUGAAGAACCCAAGCACAUCAUUCGCCUUACUGCCUUUGUGGCGGUGAUCCAUGAGUUUGGCAUCCAAAUGGAGGGGAAACUGGUGAAAAAUAUUGUCGACUUGGUAGCUAGGCAUAAACAGGUUCCGCUUAAUCGGAGUGUUUUCUGGUCACCAUCUGCAUUUCUCUCGCAGCAUGCCAAAACCCUGAUAAAAUCACCAGCCCGUUCUCAAGAUGGACAUGCCCUAAAAAUCCAUAGCACCGUCCUAGAAAAAUUUAAGCUUAGCGAUCAGAAGAGUUGUCGGCAAUUGGGCACACAAAUCUCGCUGUGGUCAAUCCGGAUGAAGAGGGUAUUUGAUGUCGGAGUCUUUGGGCACUUGAAGACCUUCUCCCAGCUGAUACUCACUGGUCAUUCGUAUGCUGAUCAAGUUACCCAACUGGCAGUCUCACUGAUCAACCGCCAUGUUGCUCUGAUGACGCCCUUGUCCAAGCACGACUGGUUUGUCGUCUAUCGAUUGCUACAGUACCUAAAAGUUAUUCAAAAUACCUUUGAAUCGAAUCAAAUCAAUUUCGUGCAAUUUAUUAGCUCACUGAUUCAAUGGCAGAAGCAAAAGGUUCUGCAUCUACUGCACACCACAAAGAAGAAAAUCGUUGAUCUUAAGUUGCACCAGCGCAAGAUUAACUUUUUAUCAACCAUGAAACUGGCCGAGAAGUCUAUUAUGGGCUUUCCAAGCAAAGAACGGCUGACUUUUAUAAACCUAGCCCUUGGCGAGUUUCUCGACAAUCGUCAUCUGCCCGCCGACAAUCAGAAGCUAUUCAGAUCAAUUAUACUUCGUGCUAAUAAUAUUAGGAAGUUUAUGCGUGAUAUAAGAGGACAAAUGGACUCGUCAGACUCCUCGAGUUUGGUAUAUAAUUACUGGUUCCUGAACACUUCGGUGCUUAAGGAGUACACCGAACUCCAGCGCAAUCCUUACUCUCUGCAAAAUAUUGUAUCUGCAAGCCAUCAUCUGGACAAGAUUAUGGCUAUAUUUAGGGGUUCAAAGUGUCUCAAGCAAUCGGCGAACGAUUUAAUUAUCGAGUUUUUAAGCAACCACUUGGAGUUCUUCCUGCGAGUCGAGGCCCUUUCACAUCUGUUCCAGGACCAAGAUCAACCAUUCCAGCAAUGUACUUUGGACUAUCGGCUUUCCAUUAAUGCAGUGUCUUUUGAAAACGGCAGAAAUUAUAAUAUUAUUAAAGAUAACCUUGAGAAUUAUUUUACUGCAACGUUCUAUAAUCUAACGACGAUCGCACCGCACGACUGGAAGUCGUACGAAAAGAUGCGUCAUUUGGCCAACAAGGUAUUGCACCUGAGGCCCAUCGAUGAUCACCUACCCAAUCAAAUCAUUGAUCAGGGCAUAGACGUGCUGCAAAUCAUGCGCAAUAUUCAUACGUUUGCCUCCUCCUAUGCCUACAAUAUGAACCUACAAUUAUUCGUAGAGACACAUAGUAAGAGUAAACAUCUGGAUAUUAUUGGCACUCGUCACGUGGCCAACUCGGUGCAGACGCACGGCACUGGUAUCAUCAAUACCACCGUGAACUUUAUUUACCAGUUCCUGCGCCAAAAGUUCUACACCUUCUCCACGUUUCUGCACGACGAGCAGAUCAAGUCGCGUCUGCUCAAGGAGUUGCGAUUUCACUCGGAGCACAAGCACAUCAAACCCUACCAAUCGUAUCCAUAUGAGCGAGCCGACAGCUUUCUCAAGAAGAUCAGAAAGUUGGGCUGCUCUGGCAAUGGCGAGACCUAUAUGGACCUUUUUAGAAAGGUUAUAACACAAGUUGGCAAUGCUGUGGGAUAUGUGCGCCUCCUGCAGGCAGGAAGCAAGAAUGCAAACUUCCGAAGUCGUUCAUUUAAGACCAGACUCGAUAGCAACUUUAGUUCAGGUGGCUCCAAAGUACAUCAAGUCACGAAGGGCUCAAUUAAGGAAUAUGAAAAGAGCCUAGGACAUAUGAAGGAAUGCUAUUCUGAUAGCACAAAUUACUUUAAGCUUCUACUGCAAGGCUUUCAACCUUUUCUGUGCAAUCCGCAUAACCACCACUUAAGAACCUUCUACCUCAUCACACCAGCGCUCAUAAUGAACUACAUUGACUACAGGGUCAAACAGAAGCUUAAGAUUCACAAAAAGGACCAGAACAAGUUCUCCUUGUUCGAGGAUGGCUUCGCAAUUGGCCUGGUCUACAUCCUUAACAUGCUGAACCAGCAGACAGAUUUCCAUGAGCUGGGUUGGAGUCAAACGACCACUCAGCAUCUAAUCGAAGAGCGAUCCAAGGUGCGCGAAAUCUUGGCACGCCAGCAGAAUGCGACCGAGCAGCUGGACGAGAAGCUUGUCCAGACGGUGGCGAUAACCGAACGACAUGUUAAUGCCUAUGAACAUGAAUAUAAUUUACUCUAUGCUACUCUAAGUAGCUCAGAGAUAUUCUUCCAAUAAAAUAAAAAAAAUCUGUUAUCCAAACCAAAUAACAAUGAUAAACACAUUGAUCAGUAGAGUUGAGUUCCCUUUAUUUAACUUUUAUUAAGACGAAAUUACAAUUCCGAGUCCGGUACAUAUCGUAGAACGUUGGUAUAUAUAUGUAGAUAGAUUUAGCCUCUACUUUUUGUAGUAUGCCAAUUUCAAACAUCAAACAUUUUACUAAGCCCCAUUGUUUAUGCGUUCGUCUUUGUCAAUGGAAAUGUGAAAGUUACAGAUUUGAAGCAUUUUAUUUCGUCUGAUCUAAGGAACUUCACUAUCCAUUUAAACACUUUGAUAUAAGAGGGGGAGGCUCUCUAUUUAUAUUCAAAUUUUGGCCCCCAAAUACAAUAUAA